AUGGAGCUCCCAGCACCAGUGACUCCCAGCUCCAGCCGUUCCUCAGUGCUCCGUUUCUUCCGGAGCCUAGUAGGGGGCAAAAGCAGUCAUCAAGAUCCUGACCAGACCCUGGUCUUGGGCAGAAGCCAUAGCCUCCGGGAACAGGAUGUCAUCCCACUGAUGGGGAAACAAGAUACCCCAGGGCCUAGUCAGGAGGAACUAGUCCUGGAGGCCAAGAUGCCCCAUACCCUCCACCUGUCAAGACCCAAGGGAUCUCAUCACCCAUCCCAGAUGGAUGUUGCAGGACUGGGAAUGGGGGACUCUGGCACCCAUUCUCCAUCAGAGCUCCAAGAAGAUGGAAUUCAGGGCCCUGAGGAGAAGCUGGCACUGGUGGUUGUAGGACAAGACCUACCCAUCGACAUUUUGGAGAAAGAGAAAGAGGAAGAAGCUGGAGAAGCCUCAGGCGAUAUGGGGACUGUGGGCAGGGGACCUUUUGGCCAGGCCAUGUACAGGGAAGAUGAAAGCCUCCCGAUGGCCAUGGGAUCCCUAGAGAUCAGCCCGGAGGCCUUCAAAGCAGAAGAAGAGAAGGAGUGUCUACUCCAGAAAGACCUUAGAUUGGGCUCAGCAAAAGCUGAGGGAACCCCAUGGAAUCGACUCCUCAACAUGUACAAGCAGCUCCGGAAGCCAGCAACAGCUAAGGAAACCCUGACCCAUCAGAAGAAUGAGGAGGAUGGAGUGGUAGAAGAGGAAGAGGAAGUAGAGGAAGAAGAGGGCAAUUCUUUCAGUCUUAGUGUCCAUGGUUUUGCCACUCUCCAGUCACCAUUACACAAGACUUUCAAAUCUACAGACACAGUGGGCUUUGUGGAAACUGAGCUAAAGAAACUGCUGGCAGUUCAGAGGGAAUCCCGACUCUGGAAAACAGGAGGUCAAGAAGGUCGAGAACUUUUAAUACAGCCUGAUGUCACCCUGGAAGAAGCAGGCAUUGUGGACGGCCAGCACCUGCUCCUGGAAGAGAUGGAUGAAAUGGGAAAUUGGCCCCCAGGCUGA